AUGGCUCAUACCGAAAACUACAAACUCUUCACGCCGCUUCAGAUGGGCGACGAUCUCGUGCUCAAGAACCGCGUCGUGUUUGGCCCCGCCACUCGAGCCCGCAUCAACCCUGUGAGCCACGCCCCUGGUGAAAUGAGCGCCAUCUACUACGAGCAGCGAGCUGGAGCUGGCCUCGUCAUCUCGGAGGGCUGCGCCAUCUCCGAGCAAGGCUUCGGAUGGUACGGAUCACCGGGACUCUACACCGCCGAGCAGGCCGCGGGGUGGAAAGAGAUCGUUGACCGCGUCCACCAGAAGGGAGGCAAGAUCUUCGUGCAGCUUUGGCACAUGGGGCGACAGUCGCACCCUUCGUUCCACGCUGACAAUGAGGUGGUUUCAGCUUCUGCUACAGUGCUCGAAGGUGGCAACACUCGCAACGCUGACGGUGAACGCACAUGCUUCGAGAGAGCUCGAGCGCUGGCGCUCGACGAGAUCCCGCAUGUGGUGGAGCAGUACCGACAGUGCGCCGAGUUGGCCAAGAAAGUGGGCUUCGACGGAGCCGAGGUGCACGCUGGAAGCGGUUACUUGAUCGACCAGUUCCUUCAAUCGUGCACGAACCAGCGCACCGACGAGUACGGCGGCUCGUUCGAGAACCGCUACCGCCUACUCAACGAAAUCGUGGAGGCGGUGAAGACGGUGUACCCGGCCAACCGCAUCGGUGUGCGAGCGUCUCCCUCCAGCAAGUAUGGCAGCAUGGGCAGCGCUGACAACGCGGAGCUGUUCACGUACGUGUUCCAGCGCUUGUCGGAGCAUGGCCUGGGGUACUUGGCGAUCCUGGACGGCUUUGGCUUUGGCUACUCGGACAAGAGCCGCGUGAUGACUGCGCUCGACGCGAAGAUCCACUUCAAGGGGAUAGUGAUGGCCAAUUGCAGCUACACGCGGGACACUGCCGAGGGGGUAAUCCACAGCGGCGCGGCCGACCUGGUAAGCUUCGUGCGUGGGUUCAUGUCGAACCCCGACCUGGUCGAGCGGUUCCGGAACGACUGGCCGCUGAACGACGAGCUGGCCUACGAGUUGUACUGGGACCCCGCGAAGGGCAAGGAGGGCUACAUCACUCCACCGGCGUACAAGCCCUGUCCGCUUAAGAAGCUCUUGCCUGGCUUUUGA